GAGGGACAGCAAUCUUCUUGGAAGUCUGCUUGCUUUUGCACCGGGAGGGGGCGAUUCUGGCCAGGAGCCCCGGAUGACAUCUCGGGGUCCCGGGGGCACCGCAGCCAGCCCCUGCCUGAGCCGUGGGUGUACCCCUUUCGUGCUCAUCCCCCCCUCCCGCAUCUCCUCCCUUUCUUGCUGGCCGCGGCUGGGCUGGAAGCGCCGCCCCUCUCCCCGACGGCGCCCCUCGAUUCCGGCACAGACGAAGAGGGCGGAGGGGCGAGCCACAAAGAAAAGCGACGGCGGGCCUGGUAGGAGGGGGCGCGUCCGUGCGCGUGCCCGGGAGAGCAGCGGGUCCCCAGGAGGGGAAAGCGAGGCUGGAUCUGUGCCGAGGCUUCGCGCCGAGACCUGUGGGGAGUGCCUCUGCCCAUGUGCCGACAGCCUUUCCCUGGCAGCGCCUGAGAGGAGGGGCAGGCGGAAUAGGGGGCCCAGCGGUCGCCCCUCCGCCCCCAAAAGAGAGCCCCCCGGCAGGUCCACCUGAGAGCUACGGCUCAGCUCAGCCUUGCUGGCCGCCCUGACAACCAUUCAGAGCUAAAGACUCCCCCCACAGGCUCCUGACCCGCUUUGACAUGCCUGGAAUCACCAACUACACAGCGAUGAUGCUGAGCCCUGAUGGCGGCAUCUUGUACGUGGGCGCCCGUGAGAUGUUGCUUGCCCUCAACACCAGUGCCUUCUCCCCUGGGCCGCAGCACCAAAGCCUGCUGUGGAGGGCUGAGGAGGAGAAGAAGCGCCAGUGCGCCUUCAAGGGCAAGGACCCCCAGAGAGACUGUCAUAACUACAUCAAGAUCCUGCUGCAGCUGAAUGAGACCCACUUGUAUACCUGUGGGACCAGUGCCUUCAGCCCCACCUGUGCCUACAUUGACAUUCCGGAGUUCAGCCUAACAAGAGAGGCUUCUGGGAAGCUGCUGCUGGAGGAUGGGAAAGGCCGCUGCCCCUUUGAUCCUGCAUACAAGUCCACAGCCAUCAUGGUUGAGGGCGAACUCUACACAGGGACUGUCAGCAACUUCCAGGGCAACGAGCCGACCAUCUUCCGAAGCCAUGGGAGCCGUCUGUCCAUCAAGACCGAAAACUCCCUCAACUGGCUGCAAGACCCCUUCUUUGUGGGCUCAGCCUACCUGCGUGAGAGUCUCCCGCCCAGCAGCCCCCACGGAGAGGAUGACAAGAUCUACUUCUUCUUCAGUGAAAGUGGCAAAGAGUUUGACUUCUUUGAAGACACUGUUGUGUCACGCAUUGCACGGGUGUGCAAGGGUGACGUUGGGGGGGAGCGUGUGCUCCAGAGGCGUUGGACAACCUUCUUGAAGGCCCAGCUGCUGUGCUCGCACCCCAGUGGUGGAUUCCCCUUCAAUGUGCUGCAGGACAUGUUUGUGCUCACCCCAGGCGAACUCUGGCCAGAAACGGUCUUCUACGGGGUCUUCGCCUCUCAGUGGGACAGGAAGGGCCGUGGGGGUUCUGCAGUCUGUGCCUUCUCCCUGGCUGAUGUGAAGGAGGCCUUCGGUGGGCUUUACAAGGAAGUCAACCGGGAGACCCAGCAAUGGUACACGGACACCCACCCUGUGCCAGAGCCACGGCCUGGAGCAUGCAUCACCAGCCACGCACGGCAGAUGAAGAUCACCUCUUCGCUCCAGAUGCCGGACCGGGUGCUCAACUAUCUCAAGGACCACUUUCUGAUGAGCAGCGCAGUCCGGAGCCAGCCAUUCCUCUUGCAGAGCCGCUCCUGCUACCAGCAGAUAAGCGUGCAGCGGGUCGAGGGCCUGCACCGUGCCUAUGACGUCCUGUUCUUGGGCACAGAUGAUGGCUGGCUGCACAAGGCUGUGUUGACAGAGCAAGAGGUCCACAUCAUUGAAGAGAUCCAGCUCUUCCCCGCUGGGCAGCCUGUCCUCAAGCUGCUGCUGGACGCCACCCAGGGCCUACUUUAUGCCUCCUCCUACGGUGCGCUGGUGCAGGCGCCGGUUGCCAACUGCAGCUUGUACCAGAGCUGCGGGGAGUGUCUCCUGUCUCGGGACCCCUACUGUGCCUGGGGCGGAGGUGCCUGCCAGCCGUCUGGCCCAAGCCACCUGCGGCUCCGUGCAAUGCCCUGGCUCCAGGAUAUUGAAGGUGGUGACGCAGCACAGUUUUGCCAGGGGGGCAGCCUGCAGUCUGGCCGUUCAGCCACAGCCCAGGACUCCCAGUGCCAGGCAGUGCUGGUCCUGCAUCCCAGUGCGGUGAAGACGCUCCCUUGCCCGCAGCUCUCCAACCUGGCUUCCCGGCACUGGCUGCACAACGGUGCCCCCAUCAACACCACCUCUUUCCUGGUGCUGCCAGAGGGAGAGCUGGUGCUGACGGGCAAGCCAGACCAGACGGGGCGCUUUGAGUGCUGGUCUCAGGAGGGCACCUUCCGCCAGCUGAUGGCCAGCUAUUGCGUGCGGGUGGAGCAGAUGUUGCAAACCUGGCUUGUGCCCGCCCAGAACCCUCUGGAGACCAUCAGCACCUCCAGGAGCGUGGCGGCGGCGGCAGGCAGCAGCAUCUCUGCGCUACUGGAGGGCAAGGACUAUUGGACCGAGUUCCUGGUGAUGUGUGUCAUCUUUGCCAUCACCGUGACUCUCCUGACCCUCUUCGUGUUGCACCGGCACCGCAAUGCCAUGAAAGCCUUCCUCAAGCAGGGCAAGUGUACCAGCACUCACCCUGAGAAACCUCGGAAGUCGGGGCUGCCUGCAGAGAACUUGCCCCUCAACGGCGCCAGUACACCCAGUGCCUUACCGGACCACAAGGGCUACCAGGCACUCAACGACAGCCGCGUGGCAAGCUCCCCUCUGCACGGUACUCCAGUGGCACAGCCUGGCACAGCUUUCUUGGAGUCUGACAGGCGCCCGCUCAGUGUCCACGCAAGCUUUGUGGAGGUGUUGACUCCUUCCCAGCGGCCCCGCGUGCGCCUUGGCUCUGAGAUCCGGGACUCAGUUGUAUGAGCUACUGGCGCCCAUUGCCUCGACAGAUCCUGCUGUGCUGAGCCUUCCAAAGAGCCAGGGCGUGGAGUUUCUGUGCCCCCAGCCAAACCGGAAAUGCCUUACAGUACAAGAAUGGAUGGUGGAUCCCCUGCAGUGUUGGCCAGUUGGGCCAUGGCCUCUUGAGCUGCAUUUUGUGCUGCAUCUGUGCCGCCCUGAACUCCUCACAUGCAAGGGCAGGAUCCCACAGAACAUGUAAAACCAUUUAGCUUUGAUAAGGGGGGGAAGCUUCCCGCUGGUGCAAGAGCAUCAGCUGAGAAACCUUUGAAGCUGUAGUCCCAACUCAGAGGAGCCAAAUCCUUCCAGACACCCCCCCCCCAUUGGAGCAGGAGGAGGGUGGGGAAGUCCCUUCCCAGCUCUGUGGGCCGGGUGCCCUUAUCUUCUUGGGCUGUCCAACUACUGCACUUUCUUUCUAGGAGAGCAUCCUGUGUGUCCCAAGGAAUGCCCAGAUACAGAGCGUGUGUGUGAGAGAGAGACUCUCUUGUUGGGUGUGUAUUGUGUGCAUGGGGUAGGGGGGUUGGUCAGGCUUCUCAAAAAAUCUGUGAGGUUAGGGGCUGAAUGUUUAGAGUUGGGGCGAUUGCUUGGUGCGCAAGUAGGGCUCAGGUACCAUGUUGCCGGGAGGCGAGGGGGGACGCCCACUGAGCACAAAAGCAAACAUUGGGCCCGGCUUUCUGGCUUCUGUGCAUUCUGCCUGCACGUCUGCCAUUGUGAAUGCCAGCUAGGCUCCAGCACUGAACGGUCUCCUAUCUCGGCCACGGAUGUGGGAGGGUCCCGCAAGUGCCUGGCCAACUUGUGCUGGCAUCCUGUGCCCAAGCACUGUGCAAGCCCACUUGCACAAAACGUCGUGUGUUGAUUGUGUUUAUUUUUACAUAAAAUUUGUAUGUCUCCUUUGGCAAUUGCGUGGGCUGAACUCUCUCGCUGCAGCCUCGAAGGGCCAAGCGCUCCCCACCCUCCAUUCCCUCCCCUCUCCAGCCACCCCGGGGGCCAAGAUGUGCGACAGUCCUAGCUGUUCACCCUGGAAGCACCAGCGGCAGGCACAAGGGGCAGUGCGUCGGUCAGGCCCCACUGCCAUCGCCACCUCCCUAUGGUCACAGCUCUCUCCUCAGCUUCCACCACGAGGGGAAGCUGGGCGUAAAAGCUGCUGCACUUCUAGAGCCACCCACUAGUCUCUUCCCACCCUGCUGCAUGCUUGGAAGUUACUUUGAAUGGGGCAAGGGCUAUCGUGCUUGGGGGGAGGAGCUGAAGACAGCCCUGUUCAGUGGCAGCAGUGGAGGACUCCCCCUCCCGCCAUGGGAGUAAGCCUGCCCCAGCAGUCUUUCUGCUCUUGCAAGCAUUCUUGGAGCAGUAAUUGUUGAGAGGGGCCUUUUUGCCAUGUUCUGCCACCCCCUCCCAACACCAGAGGGCAAAUCAACACACCAGCAGAUGCACGGAGAGACUCCAAGCUCCUGAGAUUUAUUAGUAGACGUGUAGAAACCAGACAAGGCCAUGCCAGGUUUUGUAAAAAGAUGGACAGUUCAGGCUUUAGAAAAUAACUAUUAUGGAUCAAAGGUGCCCUUCCCUGCUAUCUCAAAGAACUGGAGAAAGGAUUCAGACCACCACCCCAAAAAACCCAGGCCAGGCAUGAUAAUUGCCCUUGUGACAGGCAUUCCACACCGCAGGAGUGUGAGAAGCUGGAGAGGCAUCGUGUAGCUGGGCGCUGCUGUCCGUUGCCCAGCAUCCCAGGCCCAGGCUGACCAGUCCAGCAGCCAGAAAGAACCUGCAGGCAGAUGGUGGAAGGCAGAUGUUGAAAGUGCUGGUGCAAAGGCACAGAAAUUCAGCUGGCAAUGGUGCUCCAGCAGUCCCAGGACAGAAGCCUCUUUGCCGCUGAAGGUGAGAGGAGUCAGGUGCACAGUGCAAGAUCCAGCUUGGGUCUCACCAGUGCCAAGGCUGCCGUGAAGAAAGAGGCGCAAGGACCAGCCACGGCUCCCAGCAUCUCUUGCUCCACCCACCGCAGGGAAAUGAGGCUCGAAGACCCCGCUCCAAGGGCCUGGCUGUCCAGACCUAAAGCCUGAGAGGGCCAGCAGGACUUGUGCUGUAGGUAGGCCGGCUGGGGCCAUAAGGUUAGUUCUUCCCUUGACCCAGCUGUCCUCCACACUGGCUAGAAAGAGGGGAUUCGGUCACUCCAUAGAGACACGGUGGUAUUUUCCGGUGGAAGGGAAUCAGAGCACGAUUUUGAAGGAACUGGAAGAGAAGGAGGAGACAGAACGAGUUUGGUUUUGCCAACUUACCGGCACUCUCUCACACCCCUGGGCAUGGCUGCGUGGACAACCAGGGAGCAGGUCAUCAGCACAGCCUGAGCGAAUGUGUAGCAAGAGAAAGGCAGACGAUACCUGGUGAAGUCUGGUGAGCGGGAAAUUAUGUGCUGGAAUUCAGAGAGGUUGAUAGUCCCGUCUUUGUCUAUGUCAGACUCCUCUAAGAUCUGCAGAAAACAACAGAGCCUCGUUCAGGCAGGAGCAGCAGCUCCAGGCCACAGCCAGCCCUCCAGCUGUCUCCACCGAGAUAGGGAGUGGGGGGGAUUUGAUCCCUGGCCUCCCAUCAGGCCCUCUGGCACUCACAUUCUGGAUGAGCUGCUCCAUCUCCACUGAGCUCAGCCGGCUGCCCUCUCCUUCCCCCGUCAGGCAGUUCACCAGAUUUUCCAAAUCCCUCUUGUCUAAAGUUCCAUCAUUAUCAAAAUC